ACAGUUUGAGGGUUUUUUUUCUCUGCAGAUGCUCGCUGUCUGAAGUAUUCGAUAGCAACAAACGCGAUACAGUGAAAGUACAGAGUAGUUUGUGUAUGGUUGCUUUGCGUGUACCAGUUGAUUCCUAGAACCUCUUGGUUGGAAGUGAUUAUUCAACGUGUAACAGCUGAUCUUUUUUUUAGGACGAUAUCGAAUUUCAGCCUACAGUGUUAAUUCUGUGUAGCCUAUAGCUCGCUCAUCGAUAUCAGAAAGUUUGGGGGCAGUGCCGCGAUAAGUAGGCUACUACUGUAACAUUUGUUAAUUCGUCGAUGCUACAUUGUAACUCGCCAGAACAUUUGGAGCUACAUUGUAGCUUACGUUUCCUAUCGCCUCUAAACUUCGUCUUGUCCGUCGCGUCAAACAAUAGAGAUAUUUGUGAAGUAGGCUAAUGCCGCAGCGAGUCUCAGCGAGAACUCAAGCUUCCUAUUCUUUGCUCAACCACGGACACGGACGAAUAUCAUCAACCCAACAACAUGAGAAGUCGAAGCAACUCGGGAGUGAAACUGGACAACUAUGCCCGGAUAGUGCAUCAAACCAUACUACGACAUCAAGACCCAGUCACAGGUCUCCUACCAGCCAGUGGAGAUCAGCCUGAUGCCUGGGUGAGAGACAACGUGUACAGUAUCCUGUCUGUCUGGGCUCUCAGUCUGGCCUACAGGAAGAAUGCAGACAGAGAUGAAGACAAGGCUAAGGCCUAUGAACUGGAACAGAGUGUGGUGAAACUAAUGAGAGGUGUUCUACAGUGUAUAAUGAGACAGCUGGACAAGGUGGAGAAGUUUAAGUACAGUAAGAGCACCAUGGACUGCCUCCAUGCUAAGUACAACACCAGGACCUGUGCUGCUGUGGUGGAGGACGAUCAGUGGGGACACCUCCAAGUGGACGCUACCUCUCUGUUCCUGCUGUUCCUCGCCCAGAUGACUGCCUCAGGACUCCAUAUCGUCUACACUCAGGAUGAGGUGGAUGUGGUACAGAAUCUCAUGUUUUACAUCGAGGCAGCUUACAAAGUGGCUGAUUACGGGAUGUGGGAGAGAGGAGACAAGACGAACCAGGGGAUCCCUGAGCUCAACGCUAGCUCUAUCGGCAUGGCUAAAGCAGCUCUGGAGGCCCUGGAUGAACUGAACCUGUUUGGAGCCGGAGGAGGACCAGGGUCUGUGGUGCACGCUCUGGCUGACGACAUACAGCACUGUCAGUCCAUCCUCAACUCCAUGCUUCCCAGGGCGUCUAUGUCUAAAGAGGUGGAUGCAGGGGUGCUGUCCAUUAUCUCGUACCCGGCCUUCGCUGUAGAGGACAUCUCUAUUGUCAACAUCACCAAGGAGAAGAUCAUAUCCAAACUACAGGGUCGAUAUGGAUGCUGUAGGUUUCUCAGGGAUGGACACAAAACGCCUAAAGAGGACCCUAACCGUCUAUACUAUGAGUCUGCUGAGCUGAAGCUCUUUGAGAACAUAGAGUGUGAAUGGCCCCUGUUCUGGACCUACCUCAUACUGGACGGCGUCUUCACCAACAGCCCAGAACAGGUCCAGGAGUACAGGGAUGCUCUGGAGGGGAUUCUGAUCAAACAGAAGGAUGGGAUCUGUCUACUGCCAGAGCUCUACAGCGUUCCACCUGAUAGGGUGGCUGAGGAGUAUGCGAACCCCCACUCUGUGGAGAGGGUCCCUCUGGGGAAGCUCCCUCUAAAGUGGGGUCAGUCCCUCUACGUCCUAGGAAGUCUACUGGCAGAGGGUUUCCUGGCCCCUGGAGAGAUAGAUCCUCUCAACCGACGUUUCUCCACCAUCCCCAAGCCAGACGUGGUGGUGCAGGUGUCUAUCCUGGCAGAGAAUGAGGAGAUCCAGGAGUUGUUGAUGAAGAACGGGAUAGAGGUGGAGACAGUAUCUGACAUACACCCCAUCCGCGUCCAACCUGCUAGAGUCCUCAGCCACAUUUACGCACGACUUGGACGUAACCAGAGACUAGGGCUGACUGGUCGACCCUACAGGAGGAUUGGAUGUCUAGGAACUUCUAAGUUCUAUGUCAUCCGCAACACCAUCUUUGCCUUCACACCACAGUUCAUAGAUCACCAGCAGUUCUACUUGGCGUUGGACAACCAGAUGAUUGUUGAUAUGCUUCGUACAGACCUGUCCUACCUUUCCUCUCGAUGGAGGAUGACUGGAAGACCCACUGUCACCUUCCCCAUCUCUCAGACCAUGCUCACUGAAGACCACUCUGACCUGGACCCUGCGGUUCUGGCCACUCUGAAGAAGCUACAGGAUGGAUACUAUGGAGGAGCAAGGAUCCAGACGGGGAAGCUCUCUGAGUUCCUGACCACUUCCUGUUUCGCCAAACUCAGCUUCCUGGAUGCCAGUAAACACAUGGGCGGCAUGGGCCGUGACGAAGAUGAUGAUGACGACUAUGGAUGCUUUGCUGAGCAUGGCUUGACCUUCAAUGGUGAGGCUGAUGACCUAGCCCAGUACCUGGACCAGUUGUUGACCACAGCGAACCCCAGCAGAGGGUUAAAGGUCAGAGAUGACUCUGGAGGGCUGGAGAGGUUCAAAGCAGCAGCCACCAAGACCAAGGAGAUGGUGUCUCUCAUGCACAAGGCCAAGGAACUCAACCUACACAAUGCCCACAUGUUUCUCCCCACCAAGCUCUUCCGUUCCCCUCAGCCCUCCCUCCACCUCACCCUCACAGAUUCCUCUGCGCCUCACACCAGUCAGGUUCCCCAGGUAGUAGUGACCUCAGAGUGUAACCUACCCAGAGAUUCCAGUGGUGAUAUAGACUACAACAGUCUGGUCCAGCUCCUCAGAGACACCCACAGUCUACCAGACCAGGCUGACAUACUGUACAUCCUCUUCAAAGACAAGGGUAUGGAGUGGGACACCAGGCUACAUGGUAAAGGCUGUACGGUCCGCUCCCUGCUGACAGACCUGUAUGUGAAGGCAGGCGACCUCAAACAUUGGGGACUCAUACGCAUGAUCUCUGGAAUACUGAGGAAGAAAGUGGAGGAACUCGACUGGGCCUGCUCUGAUUUGUUGGCCCACCAGAAGCACCUGACUGUGGGUCUGCCUCCAGAACCUCGGGAGAAGACCAUCACAGCGCCCAUCCCUCCAGACAAGCUGGCCAAGCUGAUAGAUGAAGCUAGUGAGAACAACAUCACUAUAGCCAUCCUCACACAGGAGAUCAUGGUGUACCUGGCGAUGAACAUGCGUACCCAACCCAGCCUGUUCAGUGAGAUGUUCAGGCUGCGUAUCGGACUCAUCAUCCAGGUGAUGGCCACUGAGCUGGCACAGUCUCUCAACUGCUCAGGAGAGGAAGCUACAGAGAGCCUGAUGAGUCUGAGUCCGUCAGAAUUAAAGAUCCUGCUGCAUCACAUCCUCAGUGGGAAGGAGUUUGGAGUGCAGAGGAGCGUGCGUUCCGUAGACGCCGGCGCCAGUCCUGCCAUCUCUAUCCACGAGGUGGGCAAUGUGGGCGCCACCAAGAGCGAGAGGGCGGGCAUCAGCAAGCUGAAGAGCGACAUGAGGAUGUUGGAGGAGCUCAGGUUGUCAUGGUCGCAGCAGAGACAGAGCCUAACUCCACAUUCACUGGACAUGGAACACAUUGAAUCUGGGAGGUACAAGCUCCCCUCCAUAGAGUCUCUGGAUGUUCCAGUGAGCACGCCCGUCGUCAAGGAUACGAGGCACGGCCAAUGGCUGCGUAGGAGACGUCUGGACGGAGCACUCAACAGAGUCCCCAUAGGCUUCUAUCAUAAGGUCUGGAAGAUUCUACAGAAGUGUCAUGGUCUGUCCAUAGAAGGAUUUGUUCUACCAUCUUCAACAACAAGGGAGAUGACUAUAGAUGAGAUCAAGUUUGCUGUGCACGUGGAGACAGUGCUGAAUCGGGUGCCCCAGCCAGAGUACCGCCAGCUGCUGGUGGAGGCCAUCUUAGUUCUCACCAUGCUGGCAGACGUGGACAUAGACAGCGUGGGCAGCAUCAUCCACGUGGAGAAGAUCGUCCACAUCGCCAACGACAUGUUUUACCACGACCAGAAGGACUUGGGAGCAGAGGAGCACAUAUUAGAAAGGGACCCCUCCACAGGAGUGUGUCGCCUGCUGUACGACAGCGCCCCUAGUGGACGUUUUGGCAGUAUGACAUACCUCACCAAGGCUGUGGCUGUCUACGUACAGGACUUUCUGCCCAGCGGCGCCUGUGCCCUGCAGUAGACACACACACGUGCGGGCUGUGUCAGAAUACCCAUACUUGGUUCACAUUUAAUAGUAGGCUUUUUGGGUAUGUGAAAAUAUAACAUUUUAUAUUAUUAGACAUUUUGAAUAUUUGGAGUAUCUUUUAAAUGCCAGCAUGUCAUACUCAUUUUGGCCUUUCAUCUAGUAGAAUUCACUGCACACUAUUGAGGAAGAGAAGUGUCUUUUCACACCCACUUGUGUUUGACAACAGCUGAAAAUCAGAAUAGGGGAUGUGCUCUACAAAAAUGAACGAAUGGCGGAACAAGCCCUAUUGCGCAUUAGAUAAGCAGUAUGUUGAUAUUUGUUGCUCACUGCAUACGUUUUUACUAAACAGUACUUCUGAAUAGUAUGUAGUACCAUUCGUAUACAGUAUGUAGUACCAUUAGUAUACAGUAUGUAGUACCAUUUAGUAUACAGUAUGUAGUUUUAGUAAGUAGGAGGCGAGACAAUUUCAGACAUCCACACACACACACACACACACACACGUACAUGUAAACGCUUAAACACACACACACACAC